AGUGUCUAAUAGACAAGUUGCAAAAAAACGGAAAUUUAUUUAAAUUUUACAUUUAGCUAUUGAUUGUCUUUACUUUGUGUCAAGUGCUAGCUAAGGGAUUGUGCUAAAGCUCAAGGUUUUUCUAAGAAAAAUCCACUCAGAAUAAUAUCUAAAUGCCAUUUGAACCAGCUUCGAGUUGCAGCUAUAAUUAACGUUAGUCAGCUUGCCACACUUGUUGCAACUGGCCGUUGCAGCCACAACAAUAGCAUUGCAAAAUUGUGGGUUAAAUGCCGUUCACGGUCUUGGCUUAAUACUAGCAAUUUGCAUUCAAGCACUUUGCAGAUACAAAAGUAUCUGUAUCUUGAGGUGUGGCUUCAACAUGGCUCGUAAUUUUACGUUAAUGCUGCUCUUAGGCCUACUGGCUGCCAGUGAAUCGGCUCAGAUACUCGGCCUAUUUGCGCAUCCUGGCAAGAGUCACUUUGACUUCUUUCGGCCCAUGUUUGUGACCUUGGCGGAGCGGGGUCACAACAUCAGCAUGUACAGUUACUUUCCGCUCAAGGAGCCGGUGGCAAACUACACGGAUUACGUAUUUGAGGGCAUGCCUGUGCUAACGGAUAUUGUGGAUCUACAGGUCUUUGAGAAAGAGUCGCCACUGCUGGGACAGUUACCCUAUAAAGUGCCCACAUUCUUCAUGUUGCACGAUUGGGGACUGCGCUCCUGCAAAGUGGCAUUAAACUCCCCGCUGAUUGCCCAGCUCCUGAGCUCCCCGCUCCGCUAUGACGUCAUGAUCUUGGAGCAUUUCUCAAACGAUUGCAUGGCUGCUGUGGCACAUCUUCUGGAUGCCCCACUUAUAGCUCUCAGUAGUUGCGCCAUUAUGCCGUGGCAUUACAAGCGCAUGGGCACCCCGUUUAUUAACCCCAUAAUGCCCAUGAAUUUUCUGCCCUACACGGAUCAAAUGGACUUUGUGGCGCGACUCAAUAACUUUUUACAUUUUCACAUUGUCAACGCACUCUAUAAUUUCAUUACUCAGCCCGCAACAGACGCACUGAUAAGUCAGCGAUUUGGAUUUGGACUUCCACCGAUCGAUGAGAUUGUCAAGAACACGAGUCUCAUGCUUAUCAAUCAGCACCAUUCGCUUACCGGCUCCCGUCCUUACGCCCCCAAUGUUGUGGAGGUAGGGGGACUGCAGGUGGGAACUGCCAAGUCACUGCCUGAGCACCUGGAACGUAUUCUAGAAGCAUCAAACCAAGGCGUCAUCUACAUUAGCUGGGGUUCAAUGGUCAAUCCCAGCACUUUGUCCCCAUUCAAGUUGCAGGCACUUUAUGACGCCAUCUCAAAGUUACCCGGAUACACUUUUGUGAUGCGCAUGACAAAUGAGACGGUAGGGGAGGGUAAGCCCAAGAACCUUUAUACCUUCGAGUGGAUGCCACAGCGGGAUCUGCUGUGUCAUCCCAAAGUUAAGGCUUUUGUCUCGCAUGGAGGUUUGUUGGGCACAACGGAAUCGGUUUAUUGUGGAGUUCCGAUGCUGGUGAUGCCCUUUUAUGGAGAUCAGUUUUUGAAUGCUGGUGCCGUAGAGCAACGUCGCUAUGGAGUUAUUGUUGACUUUAAGGACUUCGAUGAGCCUCAUCUUAGCCAGGCUCUGGGCAUCAUACUAAGCGAGCGCUUUGCAUCUCAAAUGAAACACUCGACCAUCGCAUUCCGUGAACGUCCCCAAGCACCUAUAGAGCUGGCGAUCUGGUGGAUCGAACAUGUCAUCGCAACAAGUGGAGCUCCCCUAUCACGAAGUGUUGCCAGGCAUAUCAAUUGGUUUGUUUACAACUCACUCGACAUUUACGUGUUCUGCCUAUGCAGCACAUUAUUGUGUAUCAUCAUUCUCUGGCAGUUUUCAAAGCUCUUCAAAUGGGCAUGGGUCAAAUGUAGUGCCCGAUCGAAACCAAAAACGAAAAAGCAAUAAAUAUCACAUUUGAAUACAUA